AUUACCUUUUUGACACAAAUUAUAAUUUUUUUUGAAGACAGUUUUAUUUUAUUAAUUUUUUUCCUAAACCAUGUCUCUUGCCUCUCGUUCUCGUUAUCAACCUAACGUUCGUCUGGGCAAUUGGUUCGAAGACAUUUGCCUGGAACAAGAUAAAAUUCGUGUUUUCAAAAAUCUCCGCGAUCGUGGCGAAUUGCUGGUCGAAAAGACACGACAACUUUUCGAUAAUUUCCACAAAGAAAUCGUACUCGAGGCACCCAAAGAGAAUAUACGUUUUGGAGCCGUUGUACAACUGAUGCCUUAUAACAUGCAGAUCUGUGAAUAUGACAAUUCAGAUGUUCAUCCGGCUCUCUCGGUGACUGUGAAUGAACGUGUGGUUAGGCACAGUCAGAAGAUCAAUGAUGAGUGUGAGUUGACAAUAGCUCCUUCGGUGAAACCUUGUGUACGCAAUUCAUUUCGUAUUGUUAGUAGUGAUGACAAGGAACGCACCAAUGAAUUGUUAAAAUAUGGUCAACAUUUUCGUUUGGAAUGUGUGGAGACCAGUAAUGAUCCCUUGUUAUUGUAUAGUGCUCAAAAGUCGGCUGAUUUGACGUCUAUGAUAACGUCCACAUUUAGUUCCAGGAAGUAUGGAGAGUUGAAUUUAAAAUUGGGUUUGUGUUUGAAGAGGAAUUGUGGUCCCGGCAAAUUAAUACCUUCGGCUUAUACAAAUUGGUUUUGUCAACAUGUUGAUCCCAGUCAACGUUUUGAAACUGAUGGAACGCCAUUGCCGAGCAACAAACCUUUGGUUAUAACCCACUCAGCCACAAAUCGUAAUUUGGCUGCCGAAAAUGUGGUGAUUCAAACUUUAUUUGGAAUGGAAUUCUUGGUCUCGGUACAAAAUUAUAAAAAUAUUUUCAAACGUGAAACCUGGAAAAAUAUUUGGAUGAUAAGUAAUGGGCAUCAAUUUAAUUAAAAAAGUAACAUUUCCA